CCCGGACAACACUGUGGGAGCCACUGGGAACAAGCAGGUCUAGCGCCCCCCUAAGUUGACAGUCAUAACCCUUCAUCCAAUCCACGGGGACAGGACCGCGGCUCUGUCAGUUCCUUUCCCCCGCUCUUGAGCGCCCGGCGAUGCGGUGCUGAGCAGGUGUGAGCAUCGUGAAGGACACACAGACGGACGCAUUUGCCCGCUACGGAAGGAAACCCAGGCAGUCCUGCUAAUGUUCCAUCAGCUGAGCUUCUAGCUGUAACCCCACCAGGUGGUUCUCACUUCAACAUCAUGCUGAACCUCACCCUGCUCCUCCAUCUCCUGGUCCUCUUGCUCUCCCCUGCAGAUGCAUCAUUUCAUGGGGAAGUACCUGACUUUUAUGGAGACGAAGCCACAGGUUAUGGGCCAGUGUUUGAGGAGCAGCCGGUGGAUACCAUCUACCCCGAGGAGUCACCCGAGGCCAAAAUCACCCUGAACUGCCGGGCUCGAGCCAACCCACCUGCCACAUACAAGUGGAAGCUGAACAACAUGGAAAUUGAUCUGAAUGAAGAGGGCAGCCACUACAGUUUAGUAGGAGGCAACUUGGUCAUCAACAACCCCAUUAAAACCAAACAUGAAGGAAAUUACUCCUGUUUGGCUUCCAACAUGUACGGUGCACUCAUUAGCCAAGUGGGCUCCGUCCAGUUUGGAUACCUCGAUCUUUUCUCAUCAGAGGAGAGGGAGACGGUGAAAGUCAAGGAGGGACAGGGGGCAGUGCUGCUCUGUGCUCCCCCACCACAUCAUCCAGCUGAGCUGUCAUUCCGAUGGAUCCUUAACGAAUUCCCCACCUUCAUCCCGCUGGACAAAAGGCGUUUUGUCUCUCAGUCAAAUGGAAACCUCUAUAUCUCCAAGGUGGAUGCCUCAGACCCUGGCAACUACUCCUGCAUUGCAUCUAGCCAGUCCAUCUCCAAGAGCGUUUUCUCCAACUACAUCCCCCUAAUGCCACAGGCUGAACGUCCCAUCAGGAAAUACCCUGCUGACCUCAAUGUCAAGUUCCCAGACACCACUGCUCUGGUCGGCCAGAAUAUCACCUUGGAAUGCUUUGCUUUGGGAAACCCUGUCCCUGAGAUCCACUGGAAGAAGUUAGAUGGACCGAUGCCAAAUCAUGAAAUACGAAUGGCAGGGGCUCAUCUGCACCUGUACAAUGUUCAGUUUGAGGACGGUGGCACCUAUCGGUGUGAGGCAGUGAACUCAAGAGGGAAGGACUACCACACUGCACGUUUGUCUGUAGAAGCUUUUCCUGAGUGGGUAGAGCACAUCAACAGCAUAGAGAAAGACCUCAACAGCGAGUACACCAUGUCCUGCAUAGCCACUGGCAAACCUAAACCACACAUCCGCUGGUUGAAAAAUGGAGAACUGCUUGACAGGAAAGAGAUGAGGUUCAGCAGCUUGACGUUUGACGAUUCAGGGAUGUACCAGUGCAUAGCAGAGAAUCACCACGGAGUCAUCUAUGCCAAUGCAGAGCUGCGUGUGUUUGCCUGUGCUCCCACGUUUGAACACAACCCUGUGAAGAGAGUCCUGGCAGCAAAAAACGGUCGGGUGGUGAUCGAAUGUCGACCCAAAGCAGCGCCAAAGCCUACCUUCUCCUGGAGCAAAGACACAGAGCUGCUCUCCAAUUCUACCAGGGUGUUCAUCUGGGAGGAUGGGAGCCUAGAGAUCCUCAAUGUGACGCGAGCAGAUGAAGGCAGGUACACCUGCUUCGCUGAGAAUGACCGGGGCAAGGCCAACAGCACGGGCUCUCUGUUGGUUACAGAGUCCACAAAGAUCACCUUGGCACCGUCCAAUGCGGAUGUUAAAGUGGGUGAGAACGCCUGGAUGCAGUGUGCUGCAUUACACGACCCCUCUUUGGACAUCACCUUCAUCUGGUCCCUGGAUGGCCGGGUUAUUGACCUACACAAGGACAGCCAACAUUAUGAACGCACCCCUGGUAAGACAUCAUAUUGAUCAGUUAAUGUUACU